UCGAGAGGCCACUGAAUCAUUUCUCUUGCUGUAAAUACCUCACAUACUAUCUCCUUAACGGUUCGUCGUCAUUUUUCAAAUCACCGAUUGGUUCACCUCCUCCGUCAUACCGCCGCUUUUACUCCGGUGAUGCUCGGCGACGUACUUUGUGUACCCGCAAAGCAUUGGUUUCUCGGUUCUUCGUUAUCUACGGGCCACUACGGUUCGGUAGCGCAUCGCCGUCAUGCUUCUGAUAGCAGUUUUCCGAUCAAACUAGUAGUUCCAGCCACCGAUUGUGUCGACCGUCACUCUAUAGUUAAUGGGUUGAAUUUCUCUGAUUCCGGCGUAUCCGCUUCUAUAUGGCAUGCUAUUCUUCCUGCCGGAAAUGAUCGAGGAAGGCACAAUCCGAGCCCCGUCGGGGAAGGCUCAUGGAACGUCGCCUGGGAUGUCCGCCCCGCACGGUGGCUUCAUCGACCUCAUACGGCGUGGCUGCUUUUCGGCAUUUGCGCUUACCUCGCGGCACCACCAGUGGAGUUUACGGAAUCCGUUUCUGAGGCUGUGGUUGCGGAAGGCGACAACAUUAAUGGAAUUUGUACCACCGGUGUCCUAGAAAACUCCGUCAAUUACAGAGUCACAGGGGUUACAGCAGACGGAAGAUGCCUAUUUCGUGCAAUAGCUCAUAUGGUUUGCUUGAAAAACGGGGAAGAAGCUCCGGAUGAAAAUCGUCAAAAACUACUUGCUGAUGAAUUAAGAAUUCAAGUCGUUAAUGAGCUCAUCAAGAGACAAAAAGAGGUUGAAUGGUUUAUCGAGGAAGACUUCGAUACAUAUGUGAAGAGGAUCCAGAAACCAUUUGUAUGGGGUGGAGAGCCUGAAUUGUUGAUGGCUUCUCAUGUUCUUAAGACAAUAAUUUCGGUGUACAUGUUGGAGAGUGGGUCUAACAAGUUGUCAAAGAUUGCAACUUAUGGUGAAGAGUAUGAAAAUGGCGAACAUAGUUCGAUCAAGGUUUUGUUUCAUGGCUAUGGUCAUUAUGACAUAUUGGAAGACAUGUGACUUUUGCAAGAACUUUAAUUUAAGGUUCAUAUUCAUGUC